GGGAGGCUGGGAAAGGUUUCUGGUCUGCAUGACAGCUAAUGCGCUCAGUGACCUUGAGUGGGUCCUGUGCCAAACUUCGCACAUGGUCGCUGCCUUUAGAGCACAUCGGAUUUUUUUUUUUUUUUUUCUUUGUCUGGCCAAACAUAAGCGCUGAUGGCUUUGCCUGUGAGGUAGGAGGGUGGCUUGAUGCGUGCGGCCUCCUGCGCACGGGAGGGGGGGGAAGGCGGCACAAGGCUGUGGGUGCGUUGGGAAGCGCUGGCCUUAGAGUGCCUCUGCCUCAUCCUUUACAGAGAGACAGCUGCUUGCGGAGGAACUGCAGAUCUUCAGUGAGGCCGGUUUUAUAUCCGGUUCCAUCCCAGAGUAAAUUUAAGGAGUGCAAUGGUAAAGACUUUGAAAACAGAGCUCCCUACUUAGACCGAGUUUGGCGUAGCGUGGCACAGAUAAAAGGCUUCAAAUUUGAGAGGCUUGUAGUGGAAUUGUUUGAUCUUUGUGCUUUCUCACUUGAGAGGAUCUCCACAGGCAACCGUGUAUAGCGGUGGGGGCUUGGAAAGGCGGCCUCGCUGCCUGCUUCUGGAUGGUUCCCAGGCCGUCGUGCUAAGGCGUUAGUAUGCUGAGCAGGAGCCAUCCUUCACCGGAGGUACACAAAGGCCUUGUCUUUGUUUGCCAAAGGAUCAUAUUUAGAUACAGCUGCAGCAAAAACAGUUUGGAGAACAGCUUGAUGGGGCUGCAUUAAAAAGGAGAUAAAUGGAGAGGGGUUUCAUACCGAGUUGCGGUCUGAAACUGUAUCCUGUAGGUCAUACCACAAACUAAUGAGAGAGCGGGAGCAGGUACAGUCUGUUUGGUAAUCCUCUGCUGUAAUUUCUAGGCAGAAAUUCAAGAAACGCUUUUCCAUUCAUGGUGAGAAGUCACCAUCUGCAUAGAUCUAUUGAAGGGUAGUUUUGGCGCAGAAACUGUUCAAGUGUUGAAGUACUGAAUGGCUCCGUGACCUGGGAGGGAAGCUGGUGUACUUGUAUUUUGUUUUGGAGGGCAAGUCAGUUCUUUUGAGAUUUAUCAAUUACUGUUAUAUCGAUCUCCCCAAAUUUUCUUGAAAGAGUUACUGAAACUGGAUGCGAUAGGAUCACUGCUCUGAGCGAGGUCCUAGAUUUAAUUUCUGGAAGAAUAAAUGCUCUGAGCAAAACUCUUGUCUCGGCAGAGCAAGAAUUGUGGCCGUGGUGGUGAAACGGAAGCAUCCCUGGUGAUGCCCAGACGCCUUCCCUCUUCACCUCCCCGCAGGAGGAACUUUGAUUGCUUGUGGACCCUGCGAUUGAAGUGACAUUGUCUUUCUAAUUUAAAUCCUGAAUGAAAGUAGUUAUUAGUAAGAGUCCAAAGAAAGUACAGUUAUUUCCUCAUGGAGAUUAUGGCUAAAAUGCUAAAAACAAAGCACUAUAGUACAUAAAACGAAAUAAUAAUUUUUUUUAAAUUAUUAUUUAUUUGUUUUCCGUAUUGCGGCAAUGAGGUUUUUUUUUUUUAGCAGGUACACCUUACCUUUCACGUGGGGAGCUCUGUUACAUAUGAAUCAGUUUUUGGGUGGCAGAGGAAUUUGGAGUAUGGACUAAACUCUCAGGUUUCACUGGGAAAUUGCAUUGGCUAGACUCUAUUUUCUUUUUUUUUUUAAUAAAAUAUUAAGCUAGUGGGACUCCUAACAAGAACAAAAUAAUGUUUUCGUAGGUGCUGUGUGCAGAUGAUUCCUGUGUAGGAAGCUUUAUGCUGUCUAAUUAUGCCUGUAUUAGUGAACCAGUAAUAUUGUAAUUAUAAUUAAAGCAAUAUAACUUUUGUUUAGACAAGCCGUGGUAUUUGUUAUGUGUUAUCUGUCAAGCCAAUUGACUGUAACAAUGAUGUGUAGUUUUCUUUGUACUAGGUAAAAUAGGGUUUCCCCCACUCUCCCUAUUGGACUCGGAAGCCCUUGGGUGUUUUUAACUUCAGCGUCCAUCAGCAGGAGCCGUGGCAGUCUGAACACUGUUUGCUGAUGUUAAGCAAAUAUUUUGUUGGCAGAUAAGCAAUGAAAUAAUAAUAGCACCUCCCUUCCCCCCUCCCCCCAGCAAUAAUUUCAUAAUCAUAAUUUCUUCUCCGUGCCAGAGGUAAAUAAUUGCCCGUUGUGUUUUUAUGGCAUUUCUAACCAAAUGGCUCUUGACUGUUUGAGCUCUCUUCGUGCUUGUGCCUGUGCACAGACUUCAAAUACCCGCUUGCCAGAGCCUGGAAUAUAGGCUGUCGUGCAGCUGCAGUCAAGCCCUUUCUAAUAAUUUUGCAGUCUGUUAUUUCUGAAGACCCAUAGGCUUUUUUUUUUUUUUUUGAUAUGGAGAGAAAGUCCUUGUGCUCAGUGAAAUAAUCAGUUGGGUUGAUUCUUUGAGAUGCUCUUCUCUUUUUUUUUUUUUUUUUUUUUUCCCCCUUGUAUAUGCCUGGCCCUGCAAGGAGGUUAGCUUAUUCCAGGCUUGGUUAAUCGUGUACCAAAUUAGAGCAAAUUACGGCCAAAAGGGAGACGGGCGGAACUGCCGAGCGUCUUGUCCCGGGGAAGCACUUGGUGGUGGCUGCCUGCGGGAUGAGACGCAGCGAUAGUGCAUCGGGGCGGGAGCCAGGCUCAGGAAGGGGCUGCUGGAACCAGGACCUCCCCUCCUUGUCCCUCAGUUCCCGGUAUGCUGCUGAAUGCUGCCAAAAUUGGAAGGAUGGCAGAGCCUGGAAAUGAAAUGUGACGUCCUGAUGUCUAGGAGCAUUGCAAACCCGGAAUGACAGGAGAAGCUGCUUUGGCUGACAAUCCAUACUCCUGCGUGUUCGUUAAAAGAUGCCAGCACCUCCAAUCUAGUCAGUCAAGACAGGAGGGCUGAGCCCAGAUCUGCUCUGUACUUUUGAGGUAGAUCUGGGGCAUAGCACCUCUCCUACCCCACCCCAAGGAGUCAUGGAAGACAAACGCAACAUCCCCAUCAUUGAGUGGGAGCACCUGGACAAAAGGAAAUUCUACGUGUUUGGGAUUUGCAUGACUAUGAUGAUCCGGGUGAGUGUUUACCCUUUCACACUCAUCCGGACACGGUUGCAGGUUCAGAAGGGCAAGAGUCUAUACAACGGGACUUUUGACGCUUUUGUGAAAAUCCUGCGGACAGAAGGGACAGCCGGGCUCUACCGUGGCUUUUUGGUCAACACUUUCACCCUGAUCUCUGGACAGUGCUACGUGACAACAUAUGAGCUCACUCGAAAAUAUGUAUCACGGUACAACAACAACAAUGCCGUGAAGUCUCUGGUGGCUGGUGGCUCAGCCUCCCUGGUGGCCCAGAGCAUCACGGUGCCCAUCGAUGUCAUCUCCCAGCAUCUCAUGAUGCAGAGGAGAGGGGAAAGCAUGGGCAGGUUUAAGGUGCAGAACCAAGAUGGCAAGCGGAUGUUGGUCUUUGGCCAAACGAAGGACAUAAUCAUACAGAUUUUCAAGGCCGAUGGCUUAAGAGGCUUCUACAGGGGCUACGUGGCCUCGCUGCUCACCUAUAUUCCCAACAGUGCAGUCUGGUGGCCCUUCUACCACUUCUAUGCUGAACAGCUCUCAAGCUUGACUCCUAAAGACUGUCCCCAUCUCCUCCUGCAAGCUAUAUCAGGGCCACUUGCAGCUGCAACAGCUUCCACGCUCACCAACCCCAUGGAUGUCAUCAGGGCUCGGGUUCAGGUGGAAGGCAAGAGCUCCAUCAUCCUCACCUUCAAACAGCUCAUGGCAGAGGAAGGUCCCUGGGGCCUGACUAAAGGCCUCUCUGCUCGUAUCAUCUCAGCCACUCCUUCCACCAUCGUCAUCGUGGUGGGGUACGAAACUCUGAAGAAGCUGAGCCUCCGCCCGGAGCUGGUGGAUUCAAGACACUGGUAGAGACAGCUGGUGGAAGAGAAACCUUCUUUUGAACCCUCUCAAUUUGGACCGUCACAGUUGAAAGCUCAGGAGGGGAGGCAGCUGCUGUCUCCUUUGUCUCUCACUGGUUUCACAGUACAAAGCAGAAGCAAGAGCAACUGCAAUUCACCUCUUUCGAUUUGAUCGUAAUACAAUGCUCUGCUGCUGUUUCUGCUUAAAGCCAUCAAAACGCGACCUUUGGCAGUGCUGUUUGCCUCUGAUGGUUCAUUCAAGAGCAGCCAGGUGUGUGAACACAUCCUGGCAAGUUCUUAAUUCCCUGUUGGUUUUUUGGUUUUGUUGUUUUUUUUUUUUAAAUUAAAGACUUACUGGCUGAAGCAAAAAGCCAGUUUAUUCUUUAAAUUAUUUUAAUCUUUGCCAAACUUCUGAGGAGGGGAGUCUACCAGACUGCAGCAGAGCCCUCUGGUGGGUUGGGUGCUGACUGCACUUGUACUGUGGGAAGCUGGAAGAACAGCAUAGACAAGUAAAUGUCUCCAGUCACCCACGUUUAUUUCUAGAAGAUGUGAGACAAGAGUAACCUGGAACCACUUAAGACCUUAUUUACUGCGUUUUGAGUAGAUCUGUACAUACCUUUUUUGUAUGUUCUUGGAAAAUGUUUCCUAUCUCUCAUCCUUCAAACAGCAAGCUGGCUGAUAGGCAAGUUAAAAAUUGAGUUGGCUGUUUGUAAUUAGCUGAUGGCAAUUGUGACACCUAACCUAUGUUUUUAAUCUGUUGUUAUUUAAUUUUUUGUUAUUUUAGGGAAGCUUAUUCUGAUUUCUGGGGGACCGAGUGGUUGUUCUGUGGCCUUGUUCAAUGUGAGUGUCAAUACUGCAUGUUCAGGGUGGCUGCUGCCACUUCCCACCUUUAGUUAGUUUAAGCACGGAGUUUGGAAGUGUCAGAUUGUUGUGCUGCCAGCAGCCGAGAUGAGAACUGAAUGCAAGUUGAGCUACAACUGGAUGUGAGGUGGGGAAGAAAAAAAAAAAAAGCUUGUACUGGCUUUUGAUCCAGUUCUAACCUGAUUGGCAUGUUCAUAUUGAAUAAGAAGUAAUGGUUCACUAACACUUUGUAAGUUUAAAUCCUGCUUAUCCUGUUCGAGAAGGGCAAGGAUGAUUCUUUGCACACUUUUGCUGGAUCAAAAUCUUAAGCUAUGGUCUGUGUUUUUUACCAGAUGAAAAUGUGCAGUCAAGUGAUGAAGCAAGAGACUGCUCUUUGGGGAGGAGGAAUGAAGGGAUGGUUUGACUUCACUCUGCUGGUCUCAUUAUUUGAGAUUUGCUUCUCAUGAUGCCAGCCCUGCACAUGGUGCUCAUCCCAGUUAGUUUUAUGUCUGAGAGGUGAGAUACACACCUCCAAAUAACAGAUGUAUCGCCACCUCUCUUCAUCUUGCUGCCGUAACAAGGAGUUCUUGGUUGUAGUGUUGAUCCUGCUGAACUGUGGCUGCUGCCAGGCUCUUAGCUGUCUUCUCACCUGGGACUUGCUAAGCGUGGCUCUUGCCUUCAUCCCAACUACUGCAGUUCAGCCUGCGGAGAGACUGGAUGUGCCACAGUUUCUGCUGGAGGUGGAACGAGUACAGGCAGAUGCUGCUGAAAUUGGAGAGAGACUUCUAUGUUUAAGGGCAGAACCUGGUUAUAAGAUACAGUACUCUUUAAUGGGGUUGCAGAUGAGUCAUCAAAGGCCUGUUAAUCCCACCUUUGUAUUCUGCAGCAUUAAAUAAGGUGACGUACGCCUGAGCCACUGACAGAGCUGUUCAAGCAGCGUGUUCCGCAAACCGCUCUUCUGUCACGUUUUUGUUGUUUAAAAGACGCCAUUAAUUGGCGCUUUCUGUAAUAGCAGAUUCUGCUCUGAAAAGUGGAACAGCAGCGUCACAAGAUUGCCAGGAAGUAUCCCCAGGUAUGGUAGCCCCGUUCUCACACAAAGGGGCUUACACAAAGUAAUACCAAUUACUUACACAAAGUAAUACUGAUAUUAAAAGAAAUAAUAAUAAUCGGCCUCUGCUGAUUACCAGCAGGGUAAGUUGCGGUGUGUGUCAUGGAAGCGGUGGAUGGCACAAAUGUGGGAAAAGGUUCUCAAAAGCUUAAUAUUCUCUUAACCAGCACAAUUCUUGACAACUAACAAACUUCAGAGACCUUCAGCGUGAUGGCACGGACAAGCGUUAGUCUCGGCGAGCCACUUCCUGAGGGAAUCUGCCGGUUUCUGUCACUUCACAAAGAUGUUUUCUUGGUUUUAACGCUUUGCCUGCUGAGUAACGCUAGGAGGGACCUGACCAGUGCAGACUGCCUGAAAAAACAAUGACAGUGACUGUGCACAAAGCUGAAAAAGCCAGAAAAGAACAGGCUAAAGCACAUGUAGUACCUGAAACAGGAUUAGUUGCGAGCCCAGAUCCUCCUUUACAAACUGUGGUUACUUCUGGUUCCCUCUUACAAACGGUAUCGUGACAAGGGGAAACGAAUGUACGAGAGCUGUUGCUUUUCCCUCUCGUUCUGUGCUCAACUUGGAAUAUUCUUCCCCUUUGAA